ACAGGAAUUGAUGCAUUCGUUUCUUAGCUAUAACUUUACCUGUAUAAUUUGUUGUUGUGUUCUCUUAAAAGCGGUGAUGUAACGUGGUAUACGAAGUUUCCAAUGAAUAUUUUAUAACUGUUUAAUUAAAAAAUUUAAUGAAAUAACAAUUUUUUUCUUUGAUCGCUAAGUUUUAAACCAAGAACAGCCUCAUUAUGCCACUUUCGUGCCGUUUUUACAGCCAAAAGUACCCGGAAAUAGAAGAUGUUGUUAUGGUGAAAGUUCGCUCAAUAGCUGAAAUGGGUGCAUAUGUUUCAUUAUUAGAAUACAAUAGUAUUGAAGGAAUGAUUUUGCUUUCUGAACUUUCUAGAAGACGUAUCAGAUCUAUAAAUAAGCUUAUUAGAGUUGGAAGAGAUGAAUGUGUUGUUGUCAUUAGAGUGGAUAAAGAAAAAGGUUAUAUUGAUUUAUCUAAAAGAAGAGUAUCUCCUGAAGAUAUCGAAAAAUGUGAAGAGAAAUUUGCCAAAGCCAGAGCUGUAAAUAGUAUUCUUCGACAUGUUGCUGAAAUUUUAAAGUAUGAAACAGACGAGGAAUUAGAAGAACUAUAUCGUAAAACAGCCUGGCAUUUUGAUGACAAAAUGAAAAAACAAGCUACUUCAUAUGAUGUCUUCAAACAUGCUGUAACGGAUCCAAGUAUUUUAGAUGAAUGUGGUCUAGAUGAUGAAACAAAAGAAGUAUUGUUGUCUAACAUUAAACGAAGAUUAACUCCACAAGCUGUUAGAAUCAGAGCAGAUAUUGAGGUAGCAUGUUAUGGUUAUGAAGGAAUUGAUGCUGUUAAAAAUGCUCUUAGAGCUGGUAUCAACUGUUCUACUGAAGAUAUGCCCAUUAAAAUUAAUCUAAUAGCUCCACCUCUAUAUGUUUGUACUACUACAACAAUGGAAAAAGCAGAUGGACUGAAAGCAUUACAGGAAGCUUUGGAAAAAAUCCAAACUACAAUCAAGGCUUCAGACGGAAUUUUCAAUGUUUUGAUUGCUCCUAAAGUUCUCACGGAUCUUGAUGAAGCUGAACUUGCAAGACAAUUAAACAAACUUGAACUAGAAAAUGCUGAAGUUUCUGGUGAUAGUGAUGUGGAAGGAGAUGGUGAUGAAUCUGAAGAAGAAGAAGGAGAUAAGAAUGAAGAUGCUGAAUGAGUGUACUUUCCCAUUAGAGAACUUAUUUAAAUUAUUUUAUGAUACUGCUUGAAAUGUUGUUUACCAUAAAUCAUUUGACUGAAAUUUUAUUAGUUCGUCAUUAAGAAGAACUAUUUAACUUAGAACUCAUUUUCUUGGAAAUUAUUUGUUGUUCACAAUAAAUGCAUUUGACUGAAACUUCUUUAUUAUGACAUUAAGAAUUACUAUUUAACUUAUAUAGGGUUUUUCUUUUAAAUCAUAUAAUUUGUUUCUGUCUUCAUUGUAUAAAUGAAAUGAUUUUUCAUUACUUUGACAUACAUAAAACUUUAUUAUUAUGACAUUAAGAAUAACUAUUAAACUUACCAUCUUCAUUGUAUGAAAUUAUAUCUAAAUGAAAUGAGAACUACUAAGGAACUAUUCAAAAUAUGCUGUUUGUAUUUUAAAUUAUCUGUCAUUACUUAUUUUGAAUUUGAUACACUCAAUAAAGAAUUUUU